UUAAAACUUAAUUAACAGCAGGAACUUCGUCGAUCGAUCAAGUGAGACAGUUCGUUUAAUUGAUUUUAUUAUUAUUUCGAGUUUGUGCUGAAAUGGCUGCUGCUGCGUUAACCGAAACUCCUAAAUACUGUGAAAUUUGCGGAGAUCCAGAAGUAUCAAAUUUUUACGGAGCAUUCACGUGCAUUUCUUGUACAGACUUCUUUAAAGAGAAUAUACUCCUCCGAAGAGAGGUAAUCCCUUGUUCUUUCGGAAGCGGUAAAUGUUCUCUAAAUAAAAGGUAUGGUGUCCCGUGUAAAUUUUGUCGUUUAAGCAAGUGCUACGACGUCAAAAUGGAUUACGCAAAAGUCUUCAGCCAAUUGCCUAGUGAUUAUAAACGUGAAACAUGUACCGAAGAAAAAUAUUAUUUGCUGUUUUGUGAUCAACAAGAUUCAUUCCUGGAUUGUCUGAUGUACAUGGAGCAAUACUUUUACAAAUGGCUAAAUUCUCUUCCAAGUUUCCGUAAUUUAAGCGAGGAACGAAAGAAAAGCCUAAGAUUGAGGUCUUACGCGAAGGGUACAAUCUUGCAAUUAAUAGAGAGAUCGCUAAACGUUUACGAGAUGCUUCGAUUACACAAUUCUUUUAUUUGCUGUAUGACGGACGUGGAUAUGAUCUUUUUAAAUUUAAUAAGACUGAUAAGCGAUUCUCGAAGUAAUUAUUUCAAAAUAGCGAAAAGAUUGGAAGCCUCUGGUAUGACACACAUGGAAGCAUUUUCGGCCUUGAAGCUGCAAUUAGCACUACCACAAGAUGUACGUGUAGAUGACAAAAAUUUGAGACUCGGAAACGGUUUCCACGAGCAAUUGCAAAAGAUCGUUGAUAUGUUAAUACAGUAUAUGGAGUCGAAUUACGUACGCUUCAAAGGUAAAGAGAACUUUGUAGCGAUCGAAAAAUUAAACUUAUUUGACUAUUCUUCGGACAUUCCCGAAGAUAAAUAUCCACACAAUGAAAUUCGCCUUCUGUCUUAUGAUUGAUUGAAACCAUUGAUUUCAACGAUUAGUGUACUCCGUACUUAUUUUAAGAUUACGUGAAAGACUGCUGUAUUGAAAAACUAAGAUUUUUAACGGGUUUUAAUACGAUUUUAUGUAUAUUUAGUCAAUUGUUUUAAAAAGAAUGACUUUAAGUCUUGUUUUUUAAAUCGGAAAUAAAGUUUUCU